UAUCUGGUGUGUGGUUCAUGAGGAGAUUAUUCAUUAAAUAUUCCAUACCUUGGCAAAUUUUAUUCGCCAACUGGCACCACAUCAACACUCGCCUCUCCUCUAGUUUAUAAAGAGCACGCAUGGCCAUCUCUUUGCUCAUCGUCCCUUCACUAGUGCCUUCUUCUCCCUCCUUCCCAGUGUCCUGAGGGGUUACACUACUCUUCCUUCUCUGUCUUGCCCAUCUAUUUCCUCUCCCCCCCCCCCCAACCCACAUCAACCCACUUCAAUUGAACUUAGAACGGACAUAAAAAAUCAAAGAAUUACCUCAACUGUGGUUGUUGUAGAGUAAUUGUUCAAUCACCUUGCCUACUACCUUUAGUCCUGAAACCAAAUCUGAACAGAGCAAAUGGCUACCAGCUCCCUUUCCUCUCGCAGCUCUGGCUCUACUUGGACUUCCAAGCAAAACAAGUUGUUUGAGAAGGCAUUGGCCGUCUAUGACAAGGACACACCUGACCGCUGGCAUAAUAUUGCCAGGGCAGUAGGUGGGAAAACAGUGGAGGAAGUGAAGAGACAUUAUGAGAUCCUCGUAGAGGACCUCAAGCAUAUCGAGUCCGGCCAAGUUCCCUUUCCCAAUUACAAGACAACUGGAGGGAGCAGCAGCAGAGGCAACAACUACAUUGGUGACGAAGAGGAGAGGCUGAAGUAUUUGAAGCUCCACUGAACCUAAAUCCGUUGCAAUAAGGAUCCAUAACACUGCUACUUUUAGGCAGACGUAGUAAUAGAGGAUCACCACCAGUGAUUCUUCUUCAUUUUCCUUUUACUCAGUACUUCUUCUUCUUCUUCUUCUUCUUCUUUCUCCUUUCCAAGAGUAAUCAAUGUCCUCUCAACCAUUUAAAUGUAAGGAAAAAUAUAACCCUAUAAGACUUCGUUUCCUAUUUUGCUAUUUCCUCUUCUGUAAACGCUGUAAUGGAUUCUCGAAUAUAAAGAUGCAAGCAAUUUCUACAA